AUGUCGCCAACAGACCGGCUUGCUCAAGCCGCAGGGCACUUGAGCAAGUCGGGACGCUUAGAUGGCAAAGUAGUCCUUGUGACUGGCGGUGGAGCUGGCAUAGGCGAAGCCAUCUGCAAGAAGUUCGCUCAAGAAGGAGCCACGAUUCUGGUCACAGACUUCAACGAGGGCGCCGCGAAAACCGUGGCGGACGCCCUGGCUUCUCAAGGCCAUCGAGCAGAAGCAUUGCACCACGACGUCACCAGCCGGCCAGAUUGGGACAGAAUUGCGGCACACAUCUCCAAAGCAUACGGCGGGCAGGUCGAUGUACUAGUCAACAACGCCGGUACAGCCUACCCAAACCAGUCAUCUCUCACGGUCGCCGAACGCGAGUUCGACAAAGUCUACACGGUCAACGUCAAGUCAAUAUUCCACUCCGUCCAAGCCAUCUUUCCACUAAUGAUCGCGCGCGGGGCCGGCUCAGUAGUCAACAUCUCGUCCAUCGCCGCAAUCCGCCCACGCGGAGGCUUGACAUGGUACAACUCCUCGAAAGCCGCCGUCUCAAACGCCUCCAAGGCUCUCGCGCACGAGUUUGGUGGGAAGGGGAUCCGAUGCAAUUGCGUUUGUCCAGUGCUGGUGCCCACACAGUUGGCGUCGAAUUUCAUUCCCGGAUUCGAUGGGUCCGAGGAGCAACACAAGAAGGCGGCGCAGGUGCUGCAGAUCCCGCUGGGGCGCGUGACGACGAAGGAGGACGUUGCGAAUGUCGCGCUGUGGCUUGCGAGUGAUGAAGCGAGUUUUGUUACGGGUGUGGACCAUCAUAUUGAUGGGGGACGGGCUAUUUGA